CGGAAAUACGAUCCAUAGCGCGAGACGCUCGAACGCACCUCGUCAGUUUUCUACAAGUAAAAAUGGCAUGCAUCGCCUCGCCAAACUUGCCUCUGCGUUCUCAAACCACUUUCCGUAGCAAAGUGCAGAAGUCACUCACUGUGCGGCGUUGCUCUUCCUUAAACUGCCCUCGGCGACGAAGCAAGACGGCUUUCUCAGAUGUCCAGCUUACCAUAUCUGGCUGCAACGCUCUUGCUCUCGCCCUCGGACGCUUUGUGUUUUUACCGGCCAUACGAGAGAAGACUGCGUCUCAGGGCCCAGGUGUCCAGAACGGCGAAUCCCACUUUACAGCGGGGGACGCGCGCGCUGAGGAAGCUGCAUCUGUUUUCGCCACUAAUGACCCCGCCGGCUUUACCAUCGUUGACCUUCUCAUGUGGGGCUCGAUUGGUCAUGCCAUAGGCUAUUCCGCACUGGCUUCGCAGUCUUUUGUUGAGCUGCUCAAGUGAGUUCGUACCUCGUGGGCCUUGGAAUUUUCCUCCCUUGAAACUCUGAUCAGCCAGCUGCUGAUGAGAUAUGACACUUGAUAAAAUAAUAAGACACAGCAUCUAUGUACUCUUCC